UUUUCUUCCAAAAUGGCACCAACUCGAAGUAUCCUCGGAUUUUUAAAUCCAAAAACAAUUAGUGCGGUUAUUUCAAGCAAUAUCUCUAGAACUCCUUGUCGGUUCCUGCAUGGGUGUAGAAAUAGUUGUGAUCAGUAUAUUAGCGGUCCUCUUUUAGGUGGUGUCAAAUUCCCGCAUAUAAUAAUAAAAUGUAAUUUAGGUCACAAUUAUCGACAAUUUCAUACCUCCCGAAGCUUAGAAGCGAGAGCUGAUUAUUACAAAGUCCUGGGUGUGUCCAAAAAUGCAUCAGGAAAGGAUAUAAAAAAGGCUUAUUAUGAUCUUGCAAAAAAGUAUCACCCAGAUGCCAAUAAAUCUGAUCCAGAAGCCUCGAAGAAAUUCCAGGAGGUGUCUGAAGCUUAUGAGAUUCUCUCAGAUGAGAAUAAACGCAAACAAUAUGAUACAUAUGGUACAACAUCAGAGCAAAUGGGAAUGGGCAGUGGACCAAGCGGCACUGAUGGGUUCACACACCAGUGGCAGUACAAGUCUACAAUAGACCCCGAGGAAUUGUUCCGGAAAAUCUUUGGAGACGCUGGCUUCAAGAGUGAAACAUUCAAUGAUUUUGCUGAGAGCCAGUUUGGAUUUGGUGCAGCAAGAGAGGUGAUCGUAAACCUCCGAUUCACAGAGGCAGCACGUGGCGUGAAUAAGGAUAUAAAUAUCAAUGUGGUUGACACUUGUCCCAAAUGUACGGGCUCCCGAUGCGAGCCAGGCACCAAGUCUAUCAAGUGCACAUACUGCAAUGGUACAGGAAUGGAGACAUUUUCACGAGGUCCAUUCGUAAUGCGUUCCACGUGUCGACAUUGUCACGGUACUAGGAUGCUAAUUAAAUUCCCCUGCACAGAAUGCGAGGGCAAAGGACAGUCUGUACAACGUAAGAAAGUAACUGUGCCCGUGCCAGCUGGAGUGGAGGAUGGUCAAACCGUCCGCAUGGCAGUCGGCAACAAUGAGAUAUUCAUAACAUUCAAAGUGGAGAGCUCUAGCUAUUUCAAACGAGAUGGACCCGAUGUUCACACUGAUUGCACAAUAUCCAUAUCUCAAGCUUUACUUGGUGGUACAGUUCGGAUACAGGGUCUAUAUGAAGACCACACAAUACAGAUAAUGCCGGGGACGUCGUCACACAGUACUAUCCGUUUGUCGCGCAAGGGUAUGAAGCGAGUGAGCCAGCACGGAUACGGGGACCACUAUGUGCAUAUUAAAAUACAGGUACCAAAAACACUGUCAGAAAAGCAGAAGGCGCUUAUGUACGCAUACGCAGAAAUAGAAGAAGAUACGCCUGGUCAAAUACAUGGAGUUUCAUACGACAGAGAUGAAAAAUCAAAUAAUAGCAGUAAAACAAACGAAACGGACAGUAAGGAAAAAAUACACCAGUUGAAUCGCGAUACAGAUGAAAGUACUCGCGACAAUAAUAAAUCUUGGACGUUUUUCGAAAGCAUAUUAAAUUCGUAUAGGAAUAACAAACCGGCUUUUCUAGUAGGAUUCGGCAUGUCAGUUAUAAUAUGUAUGUUUGCCAUAAUGAAUGAACCCACAGACAAAUAUGGAGUGAAUGAUUAUCUGAGAGAUAUGGAUAAAAGAAUGGGUGGGGGGGAAUUUGAUAAGCCUCUAGGAUACGAAAGGACAUUAGACCGUCAAAAGAAAGAAAAUCCAGAAUUGUAUGAGGCGUAAAUAGUCAAGUAACUUUUUAAAUCAGUUGCAUAGCAAUAAUUCGAAAAAAUUCUGUCUCUUAACUAGUAAUUUAUUAUUUAAGGUACUACAAUUUUAUUUGCAUUCCCUGCUAUAGGGCGUACUAUUAGUUACAUAGUAUAUUAGCUUCCGGGCCGGCUUGGCACGGGUGUACAUGUAUUAUAAAUAUAAACCUUCCUCUUGAAUUACUCCUUCCUCUUAUUAUCUACUACUAAAAACUGCAUUAAAAUCCAUGCGUAGUUUAAUCAAUCUAUCGAACAGACAGCGGAAGCCAAUUCAUUUUAUACUAUAUAAAGAUAUGUUUAGUUUAUACUAAAAUAUCUUCACUGCUUGUAAGUAUUUAUUUAGGUGCUAAGGUAGUUCAAAUUUAUCACAUAUAGUACUUACAAUAGUAUACAGUGACCAAAGCGGCAACAUGAUUUUUUAUAGGCCAAUUUACACAAAACAGUACUAUACAGUAUUUGAAUUCUUAAGGAUAUUAAGUUUGAAUUUGAGAAAUUUUUGAUUGGACAUAAAAUUCCUCUAUUAACAUAAUUGAUAUUACGCCUACCUAAUACGCACAUAGAAUGCAAAUAAUUUGUUAGUACCGUAAACGCAUUGUUACGUUUUCCAAAUGUCUAACAUUAAAAAGUGAUGAUGGUGAAAUGAAUUCCAAAGUAAAGUCACCAAUAAAAGACUCAAAAGUAAGACUUUUGACGUUGAUUUAUUAUGAUUAAACUGUGGUUUAAAAUGAUAUUAAAUAUUACAUAGUUAUGCUUAAAUCACGACAGGUCUUGGUAAUUCACUGUUUUUGCAUAAUAUAGAUAUUAUUACAUCAUAGUUUUUGUGAUAUUAGUGUUGGUUGCAAUUUACCUG